UGCGAGUUUUAAAGACCGUAAGUUGGCAAAGCGAGUCUUAGAUAUGAGAAUGGUCCCACGAGCCCAUGACACCCGAUUCGAUGCAACGAUUUGGCCUCUUGGGAGGUUGUUUCCAGAAAUACUGACGUCCCUGUAUACACGGAUGAUGAUAAGAGAGUGUCGGAAUGUGAUACGGUGUUGAUAUGAGCGCCUCCCGAUAAUAAAAUAGUGUCGGUGGAGUGGAUACGUGCGCGGUGCGAGUGCAGUAUAUAGGAGCACUGACGUCGUCAAUGCUCCGUCUCUAGCCCCUUCGUCCACAGUGCCAAAAGUUUUGCAAUGUGAAAGUAUGGAAUUGUGCCACGCGCGUCAAAUCCUGUUGAAUUCCUUGGGUUAUGUAGAUAUGGUGCUGUGUGGAAGGCAGACGGAAAAUGUGUUUUAUGUCGUACCAUUUGACCUUACGUUGUCGACAUGCAUGCCGUUAACGAAAUCAUAUCCAUAUUGGAGAAAAUCAAUAUUACAAAAGAGUUGUUGGAGACCACCCGACUGGGCAAGCACGUGAACGAGCUACGACGAAAGACCUCAGAGCCGACCCUUGCACGCCGCGCCAAGGUGCUCGUAAAGCGAUGGCGGGACCUUGUCAUACCUUCCGCUGCCUCGCCUCACCAUGCCGGCUCGAACCGUUCGUCGGCGGAGCGCACGAUGCGGCGGCUCGGCGGCACGCCCAUCACCUCCCCGGCCUUCGCCCGGCAAGUAGUAAGCCCGGCGGUGCCCAGUCCUCGUCCCCCCUCCAGACCUGCGUGGGGCGGCUACGAGUCGGACUCGCAGGACGUGAUCCUGGUGGACGACGACCCGCCGCCCCAGCCCGCCCCCUCCCCGCUCACGCUGCUCGCGCACGCGCACAAGCCUGUCUCCUCACCAGCGAAAAGGCCGCUGUCUCCCGAGACGCCGAAUGACGACAAGAAAGCUAAACGAGACAAAAAACCUAAGAAACGAAGAGGUCACAGUCGUGCGGGGUCGGGCACGGAGGCGGCGGCGGCGGGCGGCACCACCACGCCGGCGCCCGGCACCGGCGGCGCGUGGCUCGGCCGCAACGGCGCGCACCCCGGCAAGAAGAACGGCGUGCGCAGCUCGCUCGACCCCUACGCUGCGCUGGUUAAUAGGAUGCCCCCCGCUGGGGCUAAGAAGGUGAAAACAACUAAGGAACUUCUAGCACAGAUCCAGUCUAGAGGUUCAGCGCCCCGUUCACCUUCCCCCGGCUCGCCCGCCUCGCCCGACGUGCUGUUCAUCGAGCCCGACGAAUCGAGUCAAAUCAAGCCAGAGUCCCCGCUCCGCAACGGCGCUGCUUCUCCACGCCCCCCCUCCCCCGCGCCCGCCUCCCCGCUGGCGCCGCUCGAGGACCCGAGGGAAGUCCGGGACUGCACGUGCGGCGAGGAACCCGAGGAGGACUGUCCCGCUGCGCGUCGGACGGAGGUCCUUCCUGUCCAUGUGCACGCUCUCCACCAUGCUUACCUCCCCGGCAUCAACGGGACGAGAGCCCCCCUCCACCCCCACCAGUUCGCCGUCCGGAAACUGACUGACCCCGAGAAGCCCGACCUCUUCACCUCCAUAGUACCCCUGUACAACUACUCGGACUACGCGGACGAUUAUUGUGUGAAGAACAUGUCGCGCGUCCCGCUGUGCACGCAUUUACCCUGGACGGAGUUCGCGCCCGCGCCGCCCGAGCCUGCGCCCGCGCCGGACCCGCCGCCGAUACGUCCCUACCCCAUCGACGAACCUAGUCCCGAAGUCAAGACGGAGGUUGAUGACGAUGACGAGGGUGAGGAUGAGAAAAGUCAGGACAUGGAAGUGGCCGCGAAGGAGGAAGUGAAAGUGGAGCCCAGUGAACGUUUGAAACCGACCGAGGAGACGGUGUUAAAAGUGAUAAAGUGUGAGAGUGCCAGUGAAGUGCCGGACGAGUUCGCGAGCGAGCAGAAAGAUCACAGGACCGUGGAGAAGACGAAAAGUGCGCUCGACGGCCAGGCGUUGUACGACACGUGCCAGAGCGCGAUUGAUUCUAUACCGUUCGUGUACGGGCAGACGUUCGCCGCGCCGACCGUGACGCUUCCCGAAGAGUCCGCAGAGGUGAGUGAUGCGUUAGAAUCCGCUCUCACUACUGCCGCUGAGUCGACAGAGAGGGAUAACCGAGGCAGGCCGUCCCGCUCGGGCGCGUUCGCCGAGUGGCAUGAGUGUGCCAAGUUAGGCGAGCUGAUCGCGCUGCCGUACGUGGUGAUCGACUGAUGUGAUACUGCUAGAGUGCCAAAUCUCGGCGCGGCUCCGAGCUUCCGUUGUACCGACGUUCCAAGUGUCCUUACGUUAGUUUUAAAUGUACAUAGCGGUGUUGGAUGUGUGCCCUCGAAUAUGUACAUACGAUAAUUUAGCUAAUGUAGUUAGGACGAAAUCAAUGAGACUGCUAGCAGCGGGGUGGUUUUUUAACAGUGCGUUAACUGAAGCUUUUUGAGUUUGCAAAAAUUUAUUUUGUGUCGAUAGUCGCGUCACCUGAUGUGUUUAGUCAUGUAUUUAUUUUAUAUUGUUUUAGGGGUUCACCUUUGUUUCAUCUAUAAAUGUUUGAUGGAAUGUAAUGUUUAGUUAAAUGUUUCAUUUGACCUAAAUCAAUUCCAAUUGUUGUUAAACAAACCUUGUCCUAAUAUCUAUCAUGACACAUUUGUGUUAUCUAAAAUGGUGGAGUGUAGAUGCGUUUUGUAAAGGCCAAGUGAUCCAACGGCGACCGUUGUCUCAGUAAAAUACACAUUAGGUCAAAAAAACAUAAAACCAAACAUACAUUCGAUCAAAAAAAUUAGGUGAAACGACGGUACCCAUUUUAGGUGGAUAUUUUUACGGUGGAUCGCUCUCGACUGUUGUGAUAUGAGGCGCGGUAUGGUCCGUGGGUCUACAAGGGGCCAACUAGUUUAGAAACCGAACCAAUCAAAGAUUGUCUCAUAUCUAGAGCUGCCGUCCGGAUUUCCCCGGAUUCUUUAUAGUCCUACCAGAGGCCAUUUAGGUAUUGAAAAGCGUCUGGGUAUAACCCGGUCACUUUUCAUGUUAGGGCAAUCCCUACACCUUUAUUUUUGUAAUAAAAAUACAUAUUCUCAGGCUUUUGAAUCUUUUAGUCCGGCACUUGACUCUGGCAGCUCUUCUCAUAUCCAAAUAGUAACGGCUUGAAAGCCUGAAUAUUGGCCAUUGCAUUAAAGUAGACCCAUUCUCUCUUAUGUGAUAAGAAUGGACUAUCAACGUCUGCACUGAAUUCCAAACUGUACUUCCUUUCUUUAGAUGUUGGCAGUUUUGUUUGUCUGGCAAAGCCUGAAAGCUUGAUGAGGUGGCGGAGGGUUUCUAGAGUGCUUUUGAAAUUAAAUUGUAACCUUAACAUGCACACAUACAUGAUUUUGGUAAGUCAAGCCAUUCUCUUGUUUGCCAUUGUCAUGAUUUAAAAGAUUUCUGUCACUUAACAAAUGUUAUAAAGUGGCAAAUCUUUUUUAUUUUGCAAUUAUUGAUGAAGACAUAUUGUCAAAAGUGCUUAAUAACCCUGAACAUCCUAUUAAUUAAUUUCUAUUGGUUUAUUUAUAUUGAUUUCUCUAUUUUAAAAGGGUUCUAGCCUUCGAGCAACACCGGCUCCCCACACGUCGGAAGGGAGGAGCCCAAGCUAUAUCUUACCGUACAAAUCGUUCAAGACAAAUCUUGCACACCUCGAUCUCUUUUUGUGUAUGGAUGAAUCACAACACGCACCGCGCUAGUUGUGUGCAUGCCCUGUUGGGCAUGUGUUUCGGCAGAGGGGAAAUAGUGCGGAUGCCGACUCCCUACCUCGUGUUGCUCGAAGGUUCUAGCAGUAGCCUUAUAUUGUUAGCUUCCUUGUCAAGUUGAAGGCUGAAGUGAAGAUGACUGCUUCCAAAACUAUUGAUCCACCAAAUAUUUUGUAUAUAAACAAAUUCCCAAAUAAGACAAAAAUCUCCAGACUGUUUCGUAUUGAGUUAUAUUGUUACCGAAUGUGAUUUAUAAAGAGAAAAAAAUUAGGUAAUUAAUAAUAAUAGGAGUUCCAAUUGUAUAUUAUACAUAUAUAUUGCUAUAUCAACCAUUCUAAAUAUCAAACAAAGUUAUAACUAGAAUUAUCAAAGAAAUUAUUAAACUUAAUUUCUUGUUAAAAAUUAUACUUCCACUGCAAUUGAUACUUUUCUAUAAUAAUUGGAAGUUUUUAAUUUUUAAUGAUAAAUUUAGUUAAAUAAUAGAAGACCACUGUACGAUUUGUAAUUGUUUGCUAAGCAAUUAUCUUUUAAGUAUUUCAAAUGAAUGAAAUUGGUCUAACAUUUUAACUGGCCGUUUACUAUCAGGGAAAAAACAGUUUUUACAGAUUUUUUAUAUUAAUAUAUGUGGUUGUGUAAGUCAUAUAAUAUGACAUGUAUAUUACCUAUAUUAUAAGUACAAUAGAAAGGAUAAUGUUAUGUUUAUGCAUCAAAGAAAAUGUCCUACAUAAACCAAUGUGUUCAAAAAUCCUUUUAUUAUUCAACAUGUGUUAUUGCCAGUAUUUAAAUGCUGUUAUUUUCACUGAUAGUAUUUGGCUAGCCAUUUGUGACAUUACUGACACAUUUACUUUUGUAAUUAUUACUUUAUUUUAAUCUUCCACCUUUCCCCAUUUCAUUUUCGUCUCUAUUUUACUAGUCCAAACGAUAGAGACGGAUAUUUGUCGUAAGCCUAUGUCACAUUUUAUGUGCAAAACACAUUGAAAAACUGUCAAAUUAGUGGUUGGGUUAUUAUGAAGGUUGUCAAUUGUACAAUUCAUAUUAAACAUAUUAUUGUGAUUAUGACAAUUCAUAGUGUCCCAUAAUUUACUUAUUAUUAGCUUUUUUUUUCUUUUUUUAAUUCACUCAGAAAAAUCUAGUCUUUCCCAUAAUACACAGUUUCAGACACAAAUCAUACACACGUAGUUACUAUAAUCCAUUUCUUUCAUUCAUUAGUUUACUCAUUACCCUAAAAAGCAAAUAAUAUGCGUUUAACAUACGUAUUUAAAUUUGUUAUAAACCAAACAAUCGCAUUUACAUUAGUGCCUUGAAUUUAUUCUAAGAUCCAUUUUUGAAGAGGGUAAUCUUCAUAAAACGCUUUCGUUCCUAAACUAUCGUUUUAAGUGUAUACUCAUACUAUAUAAGUUUAUGAAUGUAUCAGUAAUGUUGCAACUGCCAACGAGUUGGUAUAACACUUAUUUACCACCUUUAUGUACAAUUAGGACUAUCUGACUAUCUAGCAUAAGUUGCGUUCUCGCGCGCGAGUCCAUACUUGAAGUCGCGCUUGACGUAUGGAGUCGCGCGUAAGAAUGCAACUCAUACUAGACCGUCUGACGGAAUAAGAAGAUAUAUGUACCUAUACCUCUUGCUCUAAACAGAUAGUGUUUCAGUUGUAAGAUGGGUUGUAAAUGAGUGUCAAAGUGUGGGGUCCCGGGGUGGUAACGGGGUAUAGCUGUCGCCUGGAGGCGCGCGCGGCUCAGUGAAUCUGUCAUGACAGUGUCUGUCAAUUGUUUUUUGUAUUGUCAUUUGUCAUUCGGGCUACAGACGUACUGCAGAAAGUUUGCAAAGAUUUAGAAUUUUGGGUAUCGUCUUGGGUCGUUCCAUUCGUUUUUCGUCAAGUUCUUAAAUUAGUCCUAUUCUGCUUUCGUCACUCAUUCUACAUUGAAAGCCACCGACGAUUGUGACGAAUGUAGAAUGAGUGACGAAAGCAGAAUAGGACCUAUUUAAGAACUUGACGAAAAACGAAUGGGACGACCCAAGACGAUACCGAAUUUUCUUGGAAACUAUAACAGUAAUGUAAAGGUUUAGAAGUUUCCGAGAUCAUUUUAAGUGUAAAGUUUCGCUAUUUUGGAAAAUUUCUGGCGUCACAACGGUCGCAGUUUAGAGGUAAUUAUUUAAUUUUAACAUGUUGAUUAUUCUCAUUGAACUGCGAUGUUGAAAUAUUAUGUUUUUAACCUUAUGUUACGUUUUUUUCCUACUUGAUAAGAGUCAGUAAUCAAUCACAGUACUUUUUAGGUUUCUAAGUUUAACCUCCCGAGUCUAAAUGUACAUUACAAUGUACAUAUUCAUGCAAUCUAAUUUGAACUUUUCAUGAACCAAAUAAAGUAGCAUUUCUUUUGUUUCAUUGCUUUUUUAAACAAACGAAAUUCGUUCCAAUUUACAUAUAGAACAAGUUACAUAUAGAAAAACUUUCUAUGGUGGGUUUUACAAGGUUAAAAAUGUACUGGAAUGAUUAUCUGUCAUCUAUUCAAAUAAUUUGCCUAUUAUUUUGUGUUUUGUAUGAUGAUGAUGAAAAUCAGUCAAUUAUACAAAACCACUUGUUAAAUUGUGUUCUUCUUAAUUUUUAACAAAUCAUCGAACUAUGAAAAACUUUGUACCUACAGUCAAUCCGUUUGCUCAAUAGCUAUAAAUACGUUCAGUAUUAUUAUCGGAUUGAACUGUACACAAUGAAAAGCCAAAUUAGUUGUUAUAUUUGUACAUAUUGAAUUCGUGUUUGUUAAUUAUUUUAAAUUGUUUUAUUCUUAAGGGGCCCACUGAUUAACAGUCCGCCGGACGGUAUCGGCUUGUCAGUUAGAACAAAAUUUUGACAGUUCCGAACAACUGACAGGCCGAUACCGUCCGGCGGACUGUUAAUCAGUGGGCCCCUUUACUCUUUUUAUCUUGAAUUUAAUGUUAUUUUCUCUAAAUAGUUCUAAUUUCGUAAAAUUUCUAACCAAACGGAUAUAAACCAUAUUAAGAUUUAUCAGAAUGAACAGCAUAUCAUAGAACAUCGAAAUUAUAGUCCGACAAACACAACUUUUCACUCAGUAAGGACCAGGAGAACUAUACUCAUCCCUUUUGGGUGCUAGUACCAGCGUAAGACAAAGACAGUAUGAUUCUCUCUCUCUAUGUUUGAAAUGAGACAAUUCUGGUCCAAACUACAUACAUAUAUAUAUAUGCCUUUGUUGUAUGAUAUGUUGUAUUCACGCUCUCUUCCUUUAUGUUUAAAUAUUUUUUCAACUAUACUCUUCAUCAUAGAGAAAGAGUGGUAACUCCAUACAUCAGUUUUGUUACCAAAACGCGCGUUGUUUCGUAGUCGACAUCUAGCGUCAUGUAGCGGAAUUUAUCAGUACUGCUAGUUGACAAUAGAUGUCUCGGCGAACGAAAACUCUAAUGUUCAACAAUUUUCAGCUAAUAUUAUAACCGGAUUAAAUUAAGUCUAUUUUCAACCCCUUCUGCUUAUAAUAUUAGUUGUGAAUUGCUUUAGUAGUAUAUUUUUCAUCAGUAGCUACCACAGACAAGACAUCCUCCAGACUGAGCAUAGUAGCUCUACCCCCUCUGCCACAAAUACGGUAGAUUUACUCCAUUUUCGAGUCGAAAGUGUCUUUGUGAGACGUCCGUGUCUUUGAACGAACUAAUCACGUCACGGGACCUCUCUCACCUCGUCCCCCGCACCCCCGUAUUUUCGGUAGCAUCGGUUUCAUGAAAUAAUUGCUCUAAACUCCGUCUAGACGAUUCCUAGUCUAUGGUAGCUACACUUGGGACAUCUGGUGUCAAGUAGGGAUACUUUUUAAGUGUUGUUAUUGGUAUGAUUAUUGUACGACAGAUUCACUGCGCCUCGCGUAAUAUUGGCCUUACGCGGUUAUAAUACUGAUGCGAAUUCGCACGUCGCUCCAGUGUACAAGCGUGACAGCGCUAUGCGAUGCGAUGUCUCGCUCGCACACCGGAUGCGAAUCCGCAUCCAAUAUGGCCGCCUUAGGUCUUGUAUAGAAUCCGCUGAAUGCCUUGCUGGUCGAGCUCCAAGAAUUUGGUAAAAUACAAAAGCAAAAUAUAUGUGUUUUUAUUACGA